AUGCAGCGCCGGCGCGAGCAGGAGCGGCGGCGGCGGGCAGCCGGUGCGCGCGGGCGGGAGGCAGCUCGGAGACCGGGAGGCUGGGAGGGCCGGGGCCCGGGCGGCGCGCGCGCUCUCCUCCCUCUCUCCCUCCCUCCCUCCCGCGCACACUCGCCCGCCCGCCGCCCGCAGCCUCGCGCUCGCUCUCACGCGCGCUCCCCCCAGCCGCCGCCGGCGCCCAGGCCCCCCGCGCGCCCCACGCCGGCGCCCUCGGCCACCGCGGACGAGCGGAGCUGGCCCGUUUCUGGAGCUCCGGGCCGGAGGGGAACAAUUCCAGCUUCCCAGCCUCUGCCGCGGAGAUUGCAGCUCACCUGAGAAUAAAGACCAAGAGGCUGUUUAAUGAGAAAGCCCUGAAGCUUUUAAAACUACAGAGAGGAGUAAAAGCUGAGCAAUAAGGUUAAGCUGGGAAACAUCUAAUGCAGCAAUCGACGAA